AUGUCGAAGCCAUUCAACCCCGAGGAGGCGGAGAAUCUGGAGGAUAUGGAGAAGCAGUUCGCCGUCAAAGCGGUUGAACAUCUCAUGACAUACUGGUCUAUCUUGGAAAAGGUCAAGGGCUCCCAGCUUCGCUUGACCAAGCAGGACGAUGAUAUCUACAAUUCAUUCAUGGAGGCAUUCCCCGAUUUCGAUCCCGCCGGUACUCUCGUUGAGGACGAGAUGAAGAGCAAGGCUGGCAAGGAGAAGUGGCGCAACUGGAUGCUGCAGUGGGAUAAGAUCGAGGACUUCAACUUUGGCACCAUGAUCCGUACCCGUGCAGAUGCCGAGUAUGACCAGGAGACCACCAUUUUCGGUGUGCGCAUGCAGUUCUACGCUGUUGAGAUCGCUAGAAACCGCGCCGGUCUGAACGACUGGAUCUAUGAGAAGGCCCAGAAGGCCAGCUCUUGA